UCCUGAAGCCAUUAUUUAUCUCCUUAUCAAUCCUAAGGUGCAAGAAUUUUUGGACGUCACCAAAAUAUCCUUGGACAAUCCUUGUAUUUAUUUUAAUUCCAGAAAAGUCGUUCAGCAUCGAACCUUGGACAUUACUCUCUUAUCGUAUUUAAACUUUCUACAUCAUUUGCAGGUUGUAUCUAGACUUUUGUAAAAUGAGGAUCCAUCUCAUCUUUCUCGGAUUCCUCCUAGUUAUCCAAAGUGUUGUGGGCCCUCCACCAAAAAAGCGACUUGAAGAUAGCGAUCCAAUUGUGAACGAAAUUCCCGAUGCAGACAAACCAGCUGAUCCUUACAAGGAUUUCCCUGAUGCCAGUGAAUACAAAGAAAAUGUGUAUCCAGAAUCAGUCGACAACAAGGAUGAAUUAAAAUUAGAGUAUGAAAGAUACAUGACUCAAGUUGUUUCCUUGCUGGAAACAGAUCCUGAGUUUAAGAAGAAAGUUGAAGCUGUGAAUGAUAAAGAUGUUCAGUCAGGAGCCAUCGCCAAAGAGCUUGAAUAUGUUGACCACAAUAUUCGAACAAAAUUAGACGAACUCAAACGAGCUGAAAUUGAAAGGUUGCGACAACUUGCUCAUAAAGCAUAUGUUCAAAGUAACGGAAGUGAAGUUCACAAAUUACCAGAACAUUUAGACCAUGCAAAUCCUCAUAGUUUUGAAGUUGCUGAUUUACAAGCUCUGAUCUUCAAGGCCUCCAAGGACUUGAGCGAAAUUGACCAAAAAAGGAAAGAAAUGUUCAAGGAGUAUGAAAUGAAGAAAGAACUGGAAGAGAAAGAAAAAUUACAGAAAAUGUCAGAAGAAGAGAGGAAGAAGUUUUUAGAGGAGCAGAAGUUAGAAGAUAAAAAACACCAUGAAUUAAACAAACAAAUUCAUCAUCCAGGAAGUCAAAAGCAGUUGGAAGAUGUUUGGGAACAACAGGAUCAUAUGCAGAAGGAAAAUUUCAACCCACGAACAUUCUUCAUGAUGCAUGAUUUAAAUGGAGACAUGUUUUGGGAUGAAGAGGAGGUUAAAGUCUUAUUCUUAAGAGAAGUGGAGAAAAUUCAUCAGGGUGAAUCAAAUCCAGAUGCCAUCGUUAAAAAUGAAGAUUUAGAAAGGAUGAGAGAGCACUAUUAUAAUGAAGUCGACAAAAAUAAAGACAGACUCAUCAGCUUGGAAGAGUUCAUAGCCUCUACACAACAAGCUGAAUUUCGUCAGGAUGACGGUUGGAAGCCAGUGAAUGAACAGCAAGUUUACUCGCAAGAAGAACUCCGUCAAUUUGAAAUGCAGCAACACCACAUCAAUCAGCUCAUCGCAGAGGGCAAGCUUCCACCAAGUGCUGCGUACCAAUACCACGGACUGCCGCCUCAACCUCCUCAUGGCUAUCACUAUGAUCCUAAUGCAGUUCCAUACAAUCAACCACAGUACCAGGCUCCUCAAUAUCACGGCGCACAAUACCAAGCAGUGCAUCCUGCACAAUACCAAGCUGCUCCACCUCAACAAUUCCAAGGAGCUGGUGGCCAUCACGCACAGUAUCCAGCAGGAGCACAUGUACCCCAGCAUCAGGCGCCGCAAGCUGCGGUCCAUAUGCAGCCUGGAGUCGGAGCUCAUCCGCAACAAUAUCAAGCUGCAGCUCACGCACAGCCACAACAAUACCAAGCUGCGGCUCAGGCACAACCUGGAGCUCAUCCACAACAAUAUCAAGCUGCUGCUCAGGCACAACCUGUAGCUCAUCCGCAACAAUAUCAAGCUGCGGCUCAGACGCAGCCUGUAGCUGGGGCUCAUAAUCAGCAAUAUCAAGCUCAACCUCAGUAUCAAGCUGCAGGUCAACAACAAUAUCAUCAACCAGCAGCCCAGAAUCAGCAAGUACCUGCAUCCCAGAACAUGGGAAGCCAAGGUUACCAAGUCCACCAGACGGCCAGUGAUCCCAAACCAGCGGUUAGUCAAAACCAGCACUUAGCCAAUGAUAUUCCGAAUCAACCACAACAGCAACAGUCUUUAGGUGAUAACACUCUGUCGCAAGGAGGUGUUGCAGCCAACAACAUCCAGGAUGGAGGUUACAAGGCGCAAAACGCGUAUCAAACAGGAAAUCAAAUCCACGGGGACCAAAUGAAGGCCAAGUCUGCCCAUGACAGCAUGAAGAAUCAUGUCUAAUCCAACCCAAGUGCCAUGUCGUGAUCAAAUACUUUCUGAUUGUAACAAGUUUCCUUAAGUGAAAUAUUUGUGCUAAUCGGUGAGUACCUGAACUCACCCGUUUUUUUAAAACUGCAUCAAUUUUUUUUUGUUUUUUUUUCCAAACAAAUAUGUUUUGUAUUUUUGUUUUUGUUUUCCCCUCAUUGAAGUUAGUUAUUGAGUUUUACAAAGUACAUUCAAUGCAACUAUAAAUGCAACUGGUAUCUUGAUCCGUGACUUCAGAUGGUCAAGCUUCCAAGUUUCAAUUUUUCUUGCACUGCCACUUUCCAUAACUUCAUUUAAUUUUACUUGUGCGAAAACCAUGAAACUUCUAAAUUUUUACUGUGAAACAAACAGAUCACUUUUUCAUUAUUGUUUGCAGAAUCGGUGAAUUUGGUUUUGGCUAGUUUCUUUGACUACAAAGCCUCUGAUUUGCCAUUACUUUGAACGACUGAUACUUGUGAGUCCAUUCAAACUAUUUAAAUUAUUCUUACACCGAAAGACAGGUGAAAUUAGAAUGUCUCCGCGAUUCAGAACUAACUUUUCAAAUUAAUGUCUUCCUUAGUAGAUUUUUUGUGGGACAUAUCACCUUAGUCGCAUGACUCAUCAGAAAAAUGUUGACCAUUCUAUUCACAGCAAACGCAAGUAAAACAGUUUAUUUUUUUGUGUUUUGUAUAUAUUAAUUGAGCUCAAUAAUAUUGAUGUAUUUUCAGGGGGAUUUUAAUUGAAUCCUCCGAAAGAACAAAUCUAUUGAAUCGUGCACUGCAAUGUCAAAUGUUUUUAGCUCUUGCCACUCAACAAGACCUCAGUGAAUGUGGUUCCAUUGAGUCUCUCUGUACUUUUUCAUCUCUCCUAUUUUUAUUGUUGUCUAUGGGACAACCAUCAUUUUUUUAUUUAUUUUUUUUACAUACUGUAUCAUUAGUUUUUUAUGAUGCAUUUAUCUUUCUCCAAUUCUCUCUUUUUUGUCGUAAGAGAAAUUGCUUAGUUUGUUGAGGGAGAAGCAGAAUUAGCCGAAAACAGUUAUUCUUUGUAAGGCUAAUUUUGCUACUAUCAUUAACUAAUUAGCCGACUGUCAUUAUUUCAGGCUAAUCUUUGAGAAUGGCUUUUUCUUAUCGUAGAAAUAUUCUCAAUCCACCCAGUAUUUUUUUUUAUCUGUGUGAAAGAGUAGGCACUCCCCAGAAAAGUGCUCAAAGAAACUUUGAGGAAAAUUAUGAACUCAUUUUCAUGAAAAUUUUAGCAUUUAAUGCAUUUCAUAAAUCCCCCCCCUCCCCCUUAAAUUCUCAUUAUCUACGUAUCAAUUUUGCUCAAAACCCCGUUGGUAACUUUUAAAUUUUUAAAUCUUUGUUCCUGCUUUGAACAUUAAUUUUUUAUUACUAUACAUUUGUAACAAAAUCACUCUUCUGUGGUUACCUAUCUUUUAUCUAGGUACCUAUUCGAUUGUAUUUUUUCUUCAAAGCAAAUUAAUGCAAAGGAAAAAUUAUUCUCUUUGAAUAUAGUAUAUUUUUUGAGCAGAUGAAGAUUUCUGUUUUUCUCAGAGUUAUGCUCACAGUUGUCUUAUAUUGAUCGAUUUAAUGUUAAUUUUCAUCAAUACUCAUGGUUAUUUUUUAUUCCUAAUCCAUAUUGCAAUGAUACACCCACUCAUUGACAAAAGACAAUUCUCAUCGUUUGUCAGUCCUACCAAUGAUUUGUAGAUCAAUUUAAUGGAAUUAUUGUGGAAUCACAUUGAAUAAUACAUGUGAUUGAAUUAUGAUGAGCUCGCUGAUAGGAGAUUGAUCAAAUAAACUUAUCCCAAGAACAACUUGUUCUUAAAAUGACAUAAAUACGAAAGUAACGAAUGAGUAUCCAGUCCAGACCAUACCCUCAACUCAGAUUGUGAUUUGAUAUACUUGAGUGAAGCAAGCAUAAUCAUACAGAAUCCCUGUUAAAAACCGAAUAGCAUUCGGUUAAAACACUCAAUGGGGCAAGUUUUUUUGCCUUGAUUUGUUACUUUGUAUCAAUGGCAUGUGCAAGUUAAUUUCCCUGCUAAACUCAAUCAAUAGUGCUCUCUUACAUUAUUAUCUUUAGUGUUUUGUUCUAGCUUCUAGUUUUUAUAUCUAUUUAUCGGUCUAAAAUGUUAGGCCAGGAAUACAGAAGUUUAUACUAAUGGUGUGCAUUAACUUUGACCUAAAAGUUAUGAGUUGGUCUCAGGUAUAGUUAAACAAUAAAUCCUACAAGGCCAAAAUAUUUCCAUGAUCAUGAAGAGGGUUUACUCCUAAGUGAUGAAAACAUUUUCAUUUGGACCGAGUUCAUCAGGAAGGAAUCAACCUACAUUAAGUUGAAACUGAGAAAAAGAUGUUCGAAGUUUUAUUUCUGCAUAAAGCUCAAUAUAGAAAAUAAACUUUGGUUCUUUUCUGAUAAACACAGCCCAUUUAUUGAAAAAUGCCCGAGUGUCGCAUAGUCUUCAAAGUGUUUUAAAAUGCCAUUUCAUGACUAUUUUCGCAUUUCUAAUGACUAGUUCAAUUUUUCGCUCGUAUCUUUUCAAGGCGUGAGCAAUAGACAAUUUUCUUGCAGUAAUUUUUCUCUGGUGCCUGAAAAAUUACCAAUUCACACUUGAUUAGCUAACUUUGAUUAGUCGUUCCAAACGUAAGAGAAACAAAGGGUUUCAUUUCUAAAGUCGUCCAAGCUAACCGAGCCCAUGAACACAGGUUAAAUUUUUCAACGUUAUAUUUUGAUGAGCCUGUUGCAAGUUCUGAAAAGUUUUAUCAGCUGUCUGGUAUGUGAUACCUCUAAGACUUUUGUUUUCAUCUUUAGAGUUAAUUCCAAGCUAAAAUUGAAUAAAUUGUUGCUAAAAAGAACUAAGUCUUGUCAAUUAAAUCAAAAGAAACUUUGAAAUAUGCAAAUUCUGAGCAAAUCUUUCCUUUUGAUUCAACUAAAUCACACUUAAUUCUUCCUUUUAAAUUAAAUGUGCCCAAUUUAUUUUUGAGAAUCCAAAAUACCAGGUUUUCUUUUUGUAAAGGAAAAAUAGAAAUUGACCAUAAGUCCAUUUUUAUUGCCUUGACAAUUCUUCAACCAGUAAUUUAAGACCUUCCCUUAUGGGCAGUAAAGAUACCUGAUUGCGGACAUCUUAAUUUAUUGUAAACUUAGUCAUAAGUUGCUUUCGUAACCAGCAUUUCAGAAGGGUAGAUAUUGCAGAAUUUUUUGCCAUUUUUUUGAAGGCUGGUGAAAAUUAUUGAAGAUUUCUGCGACAGGAAGUCUUUCAAUAAAUUCAAUCUAUGAAAAGUAAUUUGCAACAGACCCUUUCAAUAAUGAACUUAGAUUCUACUCUCAUGAAAGGAAGCACUUAUUGUGAGUCCUAAGACAUUUCAGUUGCAUUUAUCCAGUUGUGUUUUAUUUGAUGUUAUUAUCAAUUUUAUUUUAAGUUUUUGAUUCAUAAAAAUAUUUACCGUUGCAAACAUUAUUAAAUCUUAUGUUGACGUCUUAGGUCUUGUUGUGAAUGAACUGUGAUAGGUAAAUUUAAUCCUCUUUUUUAAUGAAAAAUAAAUUCAUCUAAAAAGCUUUA